AUGGCCAACCUCCGCCGUCUCGCCCUCGCCAUCGGAGCUCUGCUCCCGGCCGUUCUCGCCGCUCCCACCGUCAACAGACGCGCCGAGCCCGCGGCCGCCCCUGGCAAGUACAUCGUCACCCUCAAGGACGAGGCCGCCGCCAACGUCGAAUCGCACUUGAACUGGGUUGCCGACGUUCAUAAGCGCUCUCUGGGCAAGCGUAACACUGCGGGUAUUGAGAACAAGUUCAACAUCAGCAACUGGAACGCCUACUCUGGAGAGUUUGACGAGGCUACCAUUGAGGAGAUCAAGGCCAACCCCGAGGUUGCUGUUGUCGAGCCCGACUACUACAUGUACCUGUCCGACUUCGAGGUCGAUGAGCGUGCCCUGACCACCCAGUCUGGCGCCCCCUGGGGUCUGGGAUCCAUUUCCCACAAGACCUCUGGCUCUACCCAGUACGUCUACGACACCUCGGCCGGUGCCAACACCUACGCCUACGUCGUCGACUCCGGUGUCAUCUCCACCCACUCCCAGUUCGGUGGCCGUGUCACUCUCGGCUUCAACGCCUUCUCCGGAACCCACACCGACACCCUCGGCCACGGCACUCACGUCGCCGGUACCAUCGGUGGCUCUACGUACGGUGUUGCCAAGCAGACCAACAUCAUCUCCGUCAAGGUCUUCCAGGGUGCUCAGGGCACCACCUCCUCCAUUCUUUCCGGCUUUAACUGGGCUGUGAACGACAUCACCUCCAAGUCCCGCGCGGCCCGCUCCGUCAUCAACCUGUCCCUCGGUGGUCCCGCCUCCACCACCUGGACCACCGCUAUCCAGGCUGCCUACACUCAGGGCGUCCUGUCCGUCGUUGCUGCCGGCAACGGUGAUGACUUCGGCAGACCCCUCCCCGUCUCCCAGCAGUCCCCCGCCAACGCCCCCAAUGCUCUGACCGUUGCUGCCAUUGACUCCAGCUGGCGCCCCGCCUCCUUCACCAACUACGGUGCCGGUGUCGACAUCUUCGCCCCUGGUGUCUCUAUCCUCUCUGCCUGGAUCGGCGGUAACUCUGCCACCAACACCAUCAGCGGUACUUCCAUGGCUGCUCCCCACGUUGCCGGCCUUGCUGUCUACCUCCAGGCUCUCGAGGGUCUCUCCACCCCCGCUGCCGUCACUGCCCGCAUCAAGGCCCUGGGAACCUCUGGCCGUGUCACCGGCACCCUCAACGGCAGCCCCAAUCUGGUUGCGUACAACGGCAACGGCGCGUAA